AUGCAAACAAGCAGGCAAUUGGCUUUGCGGAAUGCAGCGAAGAUGCGUGAGACAUCUUCCUCAAUAUGUUUUCUGUCUUUGAAGAAAUCCAGGAUAACUUCUCCAACAAUCGGCAUUUCAUGUAACAGCUUCCCGUAAUUGCACACUACAGGAUCCCAGAACAGCUGGCGCUCUUUCAGUCGAAGAACUCUUUCUUUGUAGGCGGCUUUCAGUUCAGGCGGAACAAGGGGGGUGUCCCUUUCAAAAGAUUCCUGUCCAUUAGAAGAUAUUCGCUUCACGUAUCGAGAUGACCAUUGGUAGAAAGCACACGCUGUAUUGUCCGGGCCACCCCUCGGAUCUGUUACCAAUUCAUCAAGAGUAAGAUUGCUGUAUUUGUAGACUAUUCUUGUUAGCAUCGUAAAAGUCAGGUCGAAGGUCAUGUUUCUAUCAACACACACAUUUGAAGGGGAUUCCGAUAACAGGUUUAAGCUUGCUAAUCUACUGCUCAUUUCACCUAGUGUACCUUCUAACCCAUAAGAAGAGCAAAAGGCAUCGAAGGCGUAGCCUCCACUUCCAAUAAGCCGUGUAAGAACAGUCAUCAAUUUUUCCUGCAUGUUCCACAGUUUGUCAAUCACAUGCCUUGCCUGCACAGCACUCAGAACGACAGCUACUUGGGUUUGCCGUUGAACAUCGUCCCUUGUCAAACAUGCGAGCCCUUGUAUCAUUUUCAGUUGUUCGUUUCUUUGUGCAAUUAGAAGCUCUCCAUCUGCAUCAGACAUUACCCUUUCUGAUAUAAGCUGCCGCACUAUUGCUCGAAUUGUGUUGUCCUUAACAAUGGAAUCCACAUUAUCAAUGACCUGUCUACAUUCUGUGAGCAUGUGUUGCACACCCCUGACGACGCUUUCCGGCUUCAUACCCAGCCUUAUCAUUGCGGCCCAGACACGAGGCAUUUUCACAUAGAAAAACAUUUCUAUUGAUGACUUGCAACUGUCACGAGUUUCUUGUUCUUCCAACAAUAUCAUAAAAGACGCAUGUAACAUAUCUGAUACAAUUUCAUGAUGACUUAUGGCGUUAAUCUGUCCAAAAAGGAGCAUAGUAUCGGCUACCUCUUCCACUGCGGCCAGAACGCGGAAGCACGAAAAUACUGCAGUUAAAGAGCGAAUACCAGAUCGACGGAAAUUGUAUUUCACACUAAGCUCAGAGCUCUCAAGUUUGGGUGGGUCGAAAAUCCUUAGAAAUGAAUUCUGCAAUUCUUCGUAAUUCAAUAUUACACUGGUACCGUCUUGAUAACGGAGGUCAUAUAGUUUGUUUACAAUCGACGACUUGAUUACAGCAGCAUAUUUUUUUGUAGCAAGGCACAUAAGUCGGAAGACAAAUGGGUCAUUGAGAAAAGAAGAAAAUGUUUGAAAUAACACGCCCUCCACAUCGAUCACUUCAAAAUCGUCCAAAUCACGAUAUGCCUGUAUUGCCUCAACAAUCCAUACAAAUACGUCAAUAAUUGCUUCAGUCAAUGCAAGGCACUCGCUGAUAUGGGAGAAUGAGCACUGCAAAUGUGGAAGCUCUGACUCCAACAUGCCGCAUAAGGCCACAACACAACGAGACCUUUGGAACUGCGUGAACCCCGUGAUGGUUCUGAGAAGGUCUAUCCAGGAGAUAAGCUUGAAAGAACACUCUUGACCAUAACAAUUAUGAAAAUUUCAGCUGAAUAUAACAUUUACCUCUGAAUGGCUCAGCAUUUUGACACAUUCCAGCAUCCUAUGGUCUGGAUAUGAAGUCAUUGUAGCAGCUUGGAAAAACUCUUGCGCUAAGAGCCUGAGUUCAUCGGAUUUCGGUUUUAUCGAGCUUAGCUCCUCUCGCAACUGUGAUGACAGAUCAAACACCGAUCCUCGAUCUUCCCACAAGCGGCAUACAACAUCGCUGAUCCACGAUGGACGUGCGGUAGUGACCAUUUCCCUUAACCUGCGACUAGCACUCUGA